CCUCUCUCUCUUUUCUCUCUCUCUCUCGUGUGAUGUCCUGAAGGUUUAUCUUCCUUCGCUUGCCUUUGACAAGGAAACUGGAAUGUACACCAAUCACAUGAAGGACACCAACAACAACUGCAACAAGUCUCUUCUCAAUGACCAGAAGGACAAGCUCAUUCAGGCGAUUAAGAAGAUUAAGCAUGAAGUUGACGAAUGCUAUGAAGCAGAAAAAGACACUUUUGCAGAUGCAAUCGAUGUCGAGAAUCAGUUCGAGGACAUGGAGCGGGAAAUCCGAGCCGAGUUCCAGAACCUUCAUAACUUCCUGGAUGAGGAGGAGGAGAGAGACCUGGAACGGCUGAGGAAGGAGAGGGACAGACGAAUAAAAAUGCUGAAGGAGAGAGAGAAGAAGAUCGCCAUGCAGGGAAGAGACCUGGAGAGAGCCAUCGAGACCUUGAACAGCAAACUGGCAGAAGAAGACAGUCCCAAAUUACUAAAGGAAAUCAAAGAUCUCCUAAAGAGGUGUGAGGUGAACUUUGUCCGUCCAGCUCCAGUGGACUGUGAGAUUUGCUCAGGACAGUUUGUGGGUCCGAUUCAGUACAGGAUCUGGAAACACAUGAAAGCUUCUCUCUACCCAAACAUAUCUUUGUUGACCUUCGACCCUGAGACCGCUCACCCGCUGCUGACCCUGUCUGCGAACAACACGACGGUGCAUUUCGACGAGAAGAAGGAACCAGUUGCGGACGGGAACCAGAAGCGUUUCCACUAUUACUACUGCGUGAUGGGGAGAGAGGGCUUCAUGCACGGUCGGCAUUACUGGGAGGUGACGGUGCGAGGCAAGAGUGCGUGGCGUGUGGGCGUGGCCAGGGAGGACGUAUGCCGUGGAGAGAUGGACUCCUCCACCACAGCGAACGGGCUUUGGACACUGGCGCUGAAGAACGGCUCGAUCGUGGCCUGCACCGACCCCAAGCCCACGGUCAUACGUACUGCCGCUCUGCCCACCCGCGUUGGCGUCUUCCUGGACUGCGACAAGGAGGAAGUGUCCUUUUACGACGCCCUGACCAUGAUGGCGCUCUUCUCUUUUCCCAUGGAUUCCGUCCUAAUGCCCGUUUACCCGUUCUACAACCCUUGCGAUUUAGACGACGGGAGGAACGACGCCCCUAUCUCCAUCUUCCAUCCCUCACUCUGACAGACGCUUCGAGCAGAUGGAAUUGCAAUUCAUUAUAAGUUACACCAUUUUAAAUUAGAUCUGUUUGAUAAGUUUUCCAUUUGCUUAAGAGUGUGCGUACAGUAUGUUUGAUGUUUAAUGUCAAGCGUUUCAAGGUGGAAUAAAA